AAUCAUCAACAAGUUUCUACAUCUACCUCUACUAGUAAUUCAAGUUCAAUGCUGUGGAAAGAGUUUGAUGAAACUGUAGUGAAUUUGAUCGGAGGAUCCAACUCGUCAGUGGCAGGUAUAAUUGAAGUUGACAAGUAUUUGAAUGAACCAUUGAUCAAUCGUGCGGAAAAUCCUUUGGUUUGGUGGGCUAAGCACAAAAAUAUGUACCCACGAUUGUAUAGACUAACUAAAAGGAGACUGUGUAUUAUGACAUCAGUACCUUGUGAGAGGAUAUUUUCGAAAGCAGGCCAAGUUGUAAAUGAAAGAAGAUCUCGACUCACAACAUCAAAAAUUUCACAAAUUUUAUUUCUUAACCACAACAUGUUGUGAUUUAUAUAAUUAUAUUUA